AUGGACAGUUUUUUCGAUUUCGACGCCUAUUACGACACGUCUUCGACUGAGGCACUGCCAGAGGUUCCUAUGGAGUCGGCGAUCCUUGAGACACCUCAAAACCCUUCGAGCACAAUAGACCAAGGUUGGCCUCAGUCAAGCUCGCCAAUUGCUGAGUACGCUUGGGACAACCUUGGUCUAUUUUCUGACCCCAUGGAAUCCGCAGGCUUUGAGGAACCCAUGGUCCUUGAGAGCCUUAUGGAAUCUACAAACCCUGAGCCACUCUCAGACUUGUCGGGGUUUAUGGACCUUGGGCCGGCUGUGGACUUGACAGAUCCCGCACUACUCACAGACUCUGCGCCCACCAUGGAUUUUCCACAGACUAUGGAUCCCGAGGAGCUUGAGCUAUUUUUAGGCAACGAGCUGGACACUUCACAAUGGCAGCACGUGGACCUUGAGUACCGUGGGAUCCGUCAAGACUCUAUGCUACCAUCAUUCUCUACGGCGCUUAUUGACCAAGAGCAGCCUGCAUACGCCACUUUGCCCCCACCGCUCAUGAGCCCCGAGCUCCCUGCGGCAAGGAUAGACCCUCGCCUACUGACGCAGCCUUCAUCGUCAGUUAUGCAGACGGAAGUGUCUGGUUUAAAUUGCAUGGGAUCCGAUUUCCAUGAUGCCAAUGCUCUGACUUCUAUGGGAGGUAUCGCAUUGGAUCCCAGCACUGUAGAGCGCAAGAUCCUUGACUACACCUGCCGUCUUAAUGCUGUCCACUACUACAGGAAUGGUGACCUCUGGGACUUCCCUGACCUGCUUAGCAACCCCUAUGGCUUUGAAACGGAAUUCGUCGCCUGUGGGCUACGCUUGAGAAACCUUAUGUGGUACAAAUACGAGCCCAAUGUUGCUCCGCCGGAGCGCACGACGGAGUUGCCUAGUAUCGCAGGUGGUUUGACCGUCAUGCAGUACUCUAGAUUAUACACUGAGAGCCGUACAGUAUCAAAGUACGAGAAUGAUCGGGCAGUCGGCUGGAGUGUCCCGAUCACCACUUCCCAGAGCACUUUAGUCAACACUUCCCAGAGCACUUUAGUCAACACUUCCCAGAGCACUUUAGGUAGCACUAUUGGCAACCACACCGACGCUGUUGAUGUUUCUGGUCCUGCUACAUCGCCGGCCAAGUCGUACCUCCAAACAGCUGUGGAUUACUGGAACUUGGACGCGGAUAAGUGGACCGACGAUACAUGGUCCUCGGUUUCGAUUCCGAGCGAGUUCCUGCCCACAGCGGGAGACAAUAAUUUGGGCCUUCAGAAGACAUUUGUCCAGUGUCCCUUGGCUGCUGAGGCGAUUGUUGAUCUGGCAAUUGGAGGCAAGAUCAACUUUGCGACGCAGCGGCCCAUGGACGAUGUCGUCAGUGGAUCUGUUUUCAUCUUCAAAGACGGCGAGCACAUCAAACGCUGGACUGACAACCAUGUGUGGACGGUGAGCCGCAAAGGCGCCGGCGCCGGCGACAUGGUCUAUCGCGAGGCCAUCAAAGGCCAGGCCAGCAGGGAGAUCAAGCACAUCGAGGUCACCGACGCCAACGCUGCGGAAUUUCUGCACAUCAGCGCAGACGACAUCGCCAAGUGUCGCACGCCCGUCGAAGAAAUUGCCAGUCUCCUGGUCUGCGGCUUGACCUCGGCUGAUAAUCUCAAGCACGGCGGUUUGGUCAAGCGCACAACCAAGGUUGUCCGCUUGGUUGGCGGUGGGCGAGUGGCCCGUGAAUCCAAGCCCGUGAAAGACCAGCGGACAGAUCCGAGGGUGUUCAGCGUCUAUCGUGUCGUGUCGUACUACACGAUCAGCGACGUCUGCAACCGUGCCGUGGUGCCAUUCCGCGUCUAG